UAUUGGAGCUUUUAUUUUGUGUGCCCUCGCAGGAAGUGCUGUGGUUGAAUUCGCGACAUUGACAGUGGUCCCAAGUUGAGCGGAGCCGCGUCCUGGUGCAGCGUGGAGGCGGUGGAGCAGCGGAGCCGAGUGGAUCCUGCUGAAGCGAGGGGAAAGUCGUCGAGGCUGCUGUUGAGCGAGCAGACGGAGCCGCGGGAGGUGGUGGAACUGGAUGAAGGUGGCGACAGGAGGCUCCUCUGGCUGAGGACCCGUCAGGGAGGCGGAGAGCAGCGUUACUGAUCCGGUCCCGUUUGGAAAUGAGUCAAAAAGCGGAUGUGAAGGAGAGUGGUCCAAAGGGAAGAAUGAUAGGAGUCACGACGCGUUCAUUUCCUCUCUGAGUUCAUUCGUUUCUUUUAGGGGGUUGACACAUUAGUCGACGCGCGAGCUCUCAACGCACAUCGAGUUUCGAAUAAUCUAAUUGUUGCCCUUUUACCGCGCCUCCAAUCACAGCUGCUCCGAGCCCCGAAGCUUAGUUAGAAACACCUGGUUCUGACCCGCGAAAUGUCGGGGUGCGCCGACCUGUAGACCGAUCGAGUCCAACCAGCAGCUGAGAAGAAUCCACAGAACUUGACAGGAGCGCGCGCGCGGGGCAUGGCCAUCAACACGGACGCCGACUUCCAGAAGUCCAGCCUGGGCGAGGGAGGCGGCGGCGCGCCGCCCGCGGACUUCCAGGAGACGGAGAAACUACUGGCGGUGACCACGGAGCCCGGGGGCAACGGCAUGAAGAUGUCCUCCUCCUUCACGGUCAACACGGGCGGCGACCGCGGCCCGGACGCCGACCACAACGGCCACGGCGUGGCCGCGCGCUCGGACUCCGCCGGGCAGCUGGCCGCCGCCGCGCCGCUCUCGCCGUCCAAGGCGAGCCUGAGCCGCUCGUCCACCGGGAACGCCGCCGUGCAGGAGACCCCGAAGCCCCGGGACUACCUCAUCCUGGUCAUCUUCUCCUGCUUCUGCCCCGUGUGGCCCAUCAGCAUCGUCGCGCUGGUCUUCUCCAUCAUGUCCAGAAACACUCUGCAGGCAGGGGACAUGGACGGGGCCAGGAGGCUGGGGCGGCUGGCUCGUCUGCUCAGUUUAGUCUCCAUCGGCCUCGGGGUGCUCAUCAUCAUCGUGUACAUCUCGGUAUCAGUAACCCAAGGACAUUAGGAGGAAAAGAAAUUCCCUUGACAGCCAAACCACGGAUGCAACAAGAAAACAAAGCCCAUUCCCACAAAAAGAAAAUACAAUUCCUACCUUUAUGCCAUAUUGUACAUCAUGACCACCCUCAGAAAGCAAAAAAGGUAGUGCAGCAAGUAAACAAAAGAAAAAGAAUAAUUCAGAGAUGCAUGCAUUAGAACCCAGUAACAUUUGCUUGAAAACAUUAUCAAAAAGCUGACGUGCUGUAAAGUUAUUCAGUUAUAUAAAACUGAGAAAAAAAAAUGCAGAAUUGUAUGUGGUCAGGAGGAAUUUCUAGAAUAUGGACUUGCACAGAAGGCUGUGAUCUACGUUUGGAGGGAGACUGAGCAAAAACUUUUUCUAUGUCUGAAAUGGAGUUCUGUUGUAAAAAAAAAGUCAUGUUGGACAGCUGCAAAUAAUACUCAUAUAUUCCCUGAACUUCUCAAAUUCAAAGCAUAUACAACUACAAAUAUCUUUGAAACAUGAAUAUAUAUAUAUAUAUAUAUAUAAAUGUACAUUUUAUAAAAUUGUUUGUAUGCCAAGUGGUGCUGGGUUUGUUAAGACAAGGUCUUUGGCAGCACUUGGAUCUUAAGUGGAAAUUUAAGGGUUUGUGAACGGGGGCAGGGGAACAUUUUUAUUUUGGAUGGUUUAUUAUGAUUCCUUUGAACCAAACAUGAGACAAACUGCAUGCCUGAAUGUAGCCAACCAAACCUUCUGCCUUGAUUUUGACUGUUAUCGCUUGUCUCUUUUCUCACGGAGGAGUCAAAGAGGCCACGUUUGCACAUGGAACACUAACUCUUUAUUGUAUUUUAUUUGAGCUUUAACCCUCAAACUGCCUUGACGACAGACGUGCACCGAGCACACAGGCUCCACGUCGUCCUCAGACUCCCUUGUUUCCUUUCACAUCUGAACAUUUUUCCGUUUUACACUUGACCGUUCUGCCUCUUUACACCACAAAUCCCCAUUUUCCACUGAGUUUUACUUUGUUUUAAUGGUAAACACUAUUCAUUCACUGAAUGUUUUUGCGCUGCUUGUAUGAAAUGUAUUUAUAUUGAAAUAUAUAUAUGCAAUAUGUACGCAUGCUAUGAGGCAAGCAGGCUUACACACAAUAAUUUUGUUUUGUAUCUGAGGGGGCCAUGAGUUUGACUGACUAGCAACAAAUAGCAUUUAUAUAUUCUGUCUUUCAAAGCCCAGCACGGCGCUCUGUCUGUAUCUCAUGGUAUCUAAGAGAACUGUGUAUUAUGCCUCUUGUGUACACACACGACAUUGCAACCUUGUGCUACAAGCGCUUCACUAUAAAACUAUGAACUAGGUUUGAAAGCACAGGUUUGCUUUGACCAUUACGGCCUUAUUUUUAUUUUCUGGUAUUUUACAGCUAGAAUUAUUUGGAAAAAAAGUCCCAUCAAAAACAGUGAAGACUUUUCUAGUGGCUUAAGGGCUUCGUGCACGCGAAACAAGAAGAAACACCAGCUAAAUAGGAGCGAUGAGACAUGACAACAUCUCCGCUGUAGCGAUUCAUGAAUUAAACUAAACUACGUCCAUGAAAGAUGGAGGCACGGUGUUAAUUAAAUCACUAUAUACUGUAGCUCUAAAUUGUGUGCAAAAUGGAAGCUUCCAAGCAGCAGAAUCCAAAGAUUCCCUACGUUUACUACUAAUUUAAAGAGGUUGUUGCCAAAUUACAACUUUUCUGUGAGCUGCUGUUGUUUAUUCUGUAAAUCCUCUCUGAAAGUGUCCGGUUAUCGGGCCUACAAGCGCCUCCACUGUCAGUAAAGCAGUUCUGUUUCAGGUGUAAUGUAUGUGCCAGUUCUCAUCUCUGUGGUGUACAUUUUGCAUGACUGGAAUAAAUCUUACUGUGCAUGGUC